GUCCCGCGCACAUCACUUCCUCGGCGCCUCCUGCGGGCGCUGACGCGCAGACAGACAGACAGAAGGACAGGCAGACACGCGCGCGCGGACGGCGGAGAGGCGGCCACAGGAGGGAGGGCGAGGAGGGCCUGCUCGGCUCUGGGCGCCCCGACCCAUGGCAAGCCCCGCCCCGCCUGCGGCCGAGGAGCUACCGGGCCCCGCCACCAGGCGCCUCUACUCCAGGAUGGAAGCCUCGUGCCUGGAACUGGCGCUGGAGGGCGAGCGGCUGUGCAAGGCUGGUGACUUCAAGGCGGGCGUGGCCUUCUUUGAGGCCGCCGUGCAGGUGGGCACAGAGGACCUGAAGACGCUGAGUGCCAUCUACAGCCAGCUGGGCAAUGCCUACUUCUACCUGAAGGAGUAUGCCCGUGCCCUGCAGUUCCACAAGCAUGACCUGCUGCUGGCACGGACCAUUGGGGACCGCAUGGGGGAGGCCAAGGCCAGCGGGAACCUGGGUAACACGCUCAAGGUCCUGGGCCGAUUUGAUGAGGCUGUGGUCUGCUGCCAGCGCCACCUGGACAUUGCCCAGGAACGGGGCGACAAGGUUGGGGAGGCAAGGGCGCUCUACAACAUCGGCAAUGUGUACCACGCCAAGGGCAAGCAGCUGUCCUGGACCACCGCCCAGGACCCCGGGCACCUGCCGCCCGACGUGCACGAGACCCUGCACAGGGCCUCCGAGUUCUACGAGAAGAACCUCUCGCUGGUGAAGGAGCUCGGCGACCGCGCAGCCCAGGGCCGGGCCUACGGCAACCUGGGCAACACCCAUUACCUGCUGGGCAACUUUGCCGAGGCCACAACCUUCCACAAGGAGCGGCUAGCCAUCGCCAAGGAGUUCGGAGACAAGGCAGCCGAGAGGAGAGCCUACAGCAACCUGGGCAAUGCCCACAUCUUCCUGGGCCGCUUCGACGUGGCUGCUGAGUAUUACAAGAAGACGCUGCAGCUGUCCCGGCAGCUCAGGGACCAGGCGGUGGAGGCGCAGGCUUGCUACAGCCUGGGUAACACCUACACGCUGCUGCAGGACUACGAGCGCGCGGCUGAGUACCACCUGCGGCACCUGGUCAUCGCUCAGGAGCUGGCGGACAGGGUGGGCGAGGGCCGGGCAUGCUGGAGUCUGGGGAAUGCCUAUGUGUCCAUGGGGAGCCCAGCACAGGCCCUGACCUUUGCCAAGAAGCACCUGCAGAUCUCCCAGGAGAUUGGGGACCGCAGCGGGGAGCUCACCGCCCGCGUGAACGUGGCACAGCUACAGCUGGCACUGGGCCGCCUGACCAGCCCAGCCGCCACCGAGAAGCCUGACCUCGCCGGCUAUGAGGCCCAGGGGGCCAGACCCAAGAGGACACAGCGGCUGAGUGCUGAGACCUGGGACCUGCUGAGGCUGCCCCUGGAGCGGGAGCAGAAUGGAGAUACCCACCCACCAGGGGACUGGCAGGGACUGGGCAGGGACGCGCUCCCGCUGCCCGGGAGGAGCAGGAAGUACCAGGAAGGGCUGGACCCUGCUGAGAGGCGGCCCUGGGACGGCAGCCACUCCCCGCUGGACAGCGCCGAUGUCCGGGUGCAGGUGCCUCGCUCGAGCGUCCCCAGAGCCCCCUCCUCCGACGAGGAGUGCUUCUUUGACCUGCUGAGCAAGCUCCAGAGCAGCCGCAUGGAUGACCAGCGCUGUCCCCUAGAGGAGGGGGCUGCAGAAGCCACCGCUGCCCCCUCCCCAGAGGAGAGGGCGGCUCAGCCGUCCAUGACAGCCUCCCCGCAGACCGAGGAGUUCUUCGACCUCAUCGCCAGCUCCCAGAGCCGCCGCCUGGAUGACCAGCGGGCCAGCGUGGGCAGCCUCCCCGGGCUGCGGAUCACCCACAACAACGUGGGCCACCUCCGAGGUGACGGGGACCCCCAGGAGCCCGGGGAUGAGUUCUUCAACAUGCUCAUCAAGUACCAGUCCUCCAGGAUUGAUGACCAGCGCUGCCCGCCGCCCGACGUGCUGCCCCGGGGCCCCACCAUGCCGGACGAGGACUUCUUCAGCCUCAUCCAGAGGGUGCAGGCCAAGCGGAUGGACGAGCAGCGCGUGGACCUCUCCGGGAGCCCCGAGCAGGAGGCCGGCGGGCCCGGCGGGCCCCCCGAGCCCCAGCAGCAGUGCCAGCCUGGCACCAGCUAAGACCUUCCUCCCCCACCCACAGCCAGGCCUGCCCGCCCCCCGCUCCGGGCCUCAGGUCCACGGUGGCCACGAGAGCCCAGGCCCUUCCUAGUGAGCUGGGUGCUGGGUGUGCAGCCCGCAGGGCAUCUGCCUGCCUUCGGCACGGUGCAGGCCAGGGCCGCCAUGCUAGGGGGGUGUGCUCCGUUCCACACGGCCAGGCUGGCCCUCAGCAUGUUGACCCCACAUCCCGGUGCUGCCCAGACCUGACCUCCCCCCCCCCCAGGCUUUGUCCUGCCCCACCAAAUGUGAAAACCUGCCCUGGUCAUCCCUGCCACACACAGGGGCUCUGGAGUCUUCUUGGGCUCUGGAGACAUGGGUGUGUUCUGUCCCCAGCUGGUCCUGGGGUGCUCAUGCAGGAGGCCCACUCUGUGCCCUCUGCCUCGGCCCCAGAGCAAGGCCCUGCCUCAGCUUGAGGACACGGCUGCCGGGCAGCCACAGGGCAGUGGGGCAGGCAGGUGCCCACCAUAUUGGUAUGCUGUCCUGGGCCCCGAGGGCCUUAAAGCCACAGCGCUUGGCCCUGUCUGCAGAGCAGGAGGGAGGGGACAGAGGCUCCAGUAUCUCAAGUCCUUCAGCUCGGCCAGCCCCGAGGCCAGGGACACACAUGGGGCCUGGCCCUAGGGUCCAGGCCGGCAGUGGGCACUGUGGCACCAAAGAGGGACUGAGCUUAACUGGGUCCCUCUGAACCCCCCAGCACCCUCGCCAGUGAGGGGAGAGGGCGUCAUGGCCUUUCCAGGGAAGGGUCCAGGCCCUGUGUGUGUUGAGUUGGCUGCAGGGCACCGUACGUGGGACCCAAGACUCAGGCAGGACCUGUGUAGCCCCAGGGGGCAGGCCACGCAGGGACCCACGGGCAGCACCUCCAGCCUGUGCCCACUCCACUUCCUGAGCGGGAGGGGCAGGGCGCCUCAGGGCCAGCCCCAGACUGGCAGGGACCCUGCGUCCAGCACCACCCGGUGUCACCGCAUACUUGAACGCACAUGGGUAUUUAUUGCUCACGUUUGCCAUGUGGUCAGCAGCCCUUUCCAACCCGAGAGGUACGUUUCUGGUUUUCCCCCAAAAAUAAAGUCUGCCAAAUGAAUGUGA